GGCCUCAGUACACUGAGGACAUGCGGCCCCCUCGUUUGACCAACCCAGCGGCAGUGUUGCUGUCUUGGAAUGUAGCUGGCCUCAGGGCACUGCUGAAAAAGGAUGAAGCUUCUCUCAUGGCCCUCCUCGCAGCUGAAAAGGCAGACAUCCUCUGCCUCCAGGAGACCAAGGUGCAGGACGUGCACACAGCAGCGAUCGAGGCAGGUCUGCCCAAUGGCUGGCAUGCGCAUUGGAAUUGCUCCACAACCAAGAAGGGGUACUCAGGAACUGCAGUGUUCAGCAGGCAGGCACCUUUGUCUGUGACAAAGGGGAUUGGCGUAGAGGAGCAUGAUGGGGAGGGCCGAGUGAUUACCGUGGAAUUGGAGGACUUGUAUGUGGUCAACGCAUACGUCCCCAACAGUGGAGCUAAGUUGGAGCGCCUUGAGUAUCGCGUGACCAGCUGGGACACACAGUUCAGUGCCUACCUGAAAGGUCUGGAGGCACGAAAACCAGUCAUUUUGACUGGGGAUCUGAACUGCGCCCACCAAGAGAUCGACAUCCACAGCCCCAAGACAAACCUCAGGAGUGCCGGAUUCACUGUGGAAGAGCGCACCUCGUUCACAAAGAACUUCAUCGACAAUGGGUUUGUGGACACUUUCCGAAGGCAGUACCCAGACGUUGUGGGCUACACAUACUGGUCCUACAAGCGGAAAGCAAGGGAGAACAAUAAGGGCUGGCGGCUGGACUAUUUCUUGGUGUCUGAAAAACUGGCAGGCCGAGUACAUGAUAGUUUCAUGUUGCCCGGGUUUGUGGGUAGCGAUCACUGCCCUCUGGGCAUAGUGGUCAAACGUGGGAAUGCAGAGAACGCCUAA